GCCCCGCUCUCGGACCAGCAACUUCUCUCCAAGCUGGGAGCUUCGGCCUGCCCCGGCCCGGCCCGGCCCGGCCCGGCCCCCGGAGCCACCCCGGCCCACGAUGUACACCAUCACCCGGGGACCGAGCAAGUUAGCCACGCAGAGAAGGACGGGUCCGACGCAGCAGCAGGUGGAGAGCAAGCUGGGCGAUCACCUCAAAUGCCAGCAGCCGCCACCGCCGCAGCUGCACCAGCUGCACCCGUUGCAGGCGCAGCAGCAGCAGCAGCAGCCUUGCCUCUGGCCCCUGGCGAGUAGCCCGGCCCCCAAGCUGGUGUUCAACAGAGUCAAUGGCAAGAGGCCGCUGACGGUGCCACAGCCUGCCGAGGGGGUGGAGGAGGGCUACGCGCUGGCACACGAGGAGAACGUCCGCUUUGUCAAUGAGGCCUGGCAGCAGGUACAGCAACAGCUGGAUGGGCACCAGCAAGGGCAGAGCGGCCCCGUGCAGUAUGAGGAGAAGACACCUGACCCCGGACUGAAGAACUUCGUGCCCAUCGACCUGGAUGAGUGGUGGGCUCAGCAGUUCCUGGCCAGAAUCACUAACUCCUCCUAGCAGCCGGCACGAGGGAAGGGGUCUGCCCAGCGCUGGGAUCAGGGGCCCCCCCCGAAGAGGACCCCAGCCUCGUCCCCUCUGCUGUCCGGCUCUUCCUCUCGCCCCGGCCAAGGCCCACGGGGGCAGGGGCCAUGCGAAUCUGAACUGGUCCUGGCCUGGACAUUUGAAACUGCUUCAAACUCUGCUCUGGACCUGCAAAUGCCCCAUGGCCAGGCAGGGCAGGGAGGCUGGUCAGAUGGCUCCGGCUCCAGCCCACCCCACCGCACUAGCAGGAGAUGGGGGGCCGGGCUGGGAUCUUGGCCCCAAUAAAGAGUUGACACUGGC